CCCGUUGCGGAGCACAGGCCCCAGAUGCGCAGGCCCAGCAGCCAUGGCCCACGGGCCCAGCCGCUCCACGGCAUGCGGGACCCUCCCAGACCGGGGCACGAACCCGUGUCCCCUGCAUCGGCAGGGGGACUCCCAACCACUGCGCCACCAGGGAAGCCCUCUCCUUUUUAUAGUAACUUCUUUUUAAACUCUCCAAACUCUCUCUUCCGACUAUUCUACCUUGAGGGAAGAUGCCCUGUCGGCCGUCCUGAUGCGCUGCCCUGGGCACCCCCAGGGCUCCCUGUGCUGGAGUCAGACAGCAGGUCGGCAGAGACCGCGGGUCUCCAAGCAGCCCUGUGGCCCAGCCUCUGCCCUCGGCUGCGUGCCGGGGUGGACCCCACGAUCCCCGAAGGCCCCUUCUGCCCUGAAGUCUUCCAUCUGGGCCCGGCUUCCUGUGGCCGUUUCUGGUUUUUCCUUUGAUUGCUCGUAAUCCCCUCACUUCCCCACCAGAAAGCACACCUCCAACCUCGUCUGAACUCUCCUGCGUUGGCAGGGUGGGCAUGAGUCAGCUGUUGCUUUCCUGGCCCUGCGAGGGGUUGAGGCCGCUGGGCUCUGACCCUGGGGCUGCAGCCGGGAGUGCCUCGGCAUCGGGUGUUGCACUAGAGGCUGUCUGUGCCACCCCCCCCCCCCGGCUCCCCUGUCCUCUCGUGGGCGCCCAGGGGACACUGUGGAGGCCACCCUUACCACCGGCUUCCUCCCAACUGUGGGGCAGGAGUCCUGGGGGUGAGCGCAGGGGCCCUGGUGGUGGGCUGGAGGCCCCACCGUUGACACUGUUUCACUGGAGGACGAGGACGGCCCUGCUGGUCCUACCGCCCGUCCUGGCGGGUGGGGAGCGGCCUGGGGCAGCCCGCAGAGGAUCAGGCAGCAUCUGCAUGUGUGUCUGUGUCUCUGUGCCUGUCUGCAUGUGCUGUGUGUGUUUGUGCCUUAACCUGCACCUCACACGCAGGGCCCUCACUGAGCUCCUGUGGGUCCCGGUUCUCCCUUACAAGUGUGCCUGUCUGUGAUGCCAGCCCCAGCCCACCCUAGUGAUGCCGCGGUGACACAGGCCUGGGUGCGACAUAGUCCGGGAGGCUGGAACCCAGGCAGCUUUCGUCACACAUGGUGCAGUGCCCGAGGUGCAUGCAGUGCGACACCAAGUUUGACUUUCUCACCAGGAAGCACCACUGUCGCCGGUGUGGGAAGUGCUUCUGCGACAAGUGCUGCAGCCAGAAGGUGGCGCUGCGGCGCAUGUGCUUCGUGGACCCCGUGCGGCAGUGUGCUGAGUGCGCCCUGGUGUCCCACCGGGAGGCCGAGUUCUACGACAAGCAGCUCAAGCUGCUCCUGAGUGGAGCCACCUUCCUGGUAACUUUUGGAAACUCGGAGAAGCCAGACACGAUGGUCUGUCGUCUUUCCAGCAACCAGAGGUACCUGCUUCUGGACGGGGACAGUCGCCACGAGGUCGAGGUCACGCGCAUUGCCGCCGUGCAGAUGCUCACGGAAGGCUUCCCUCCUGGAGAAAAAGACAUGCACACUUACACCAGCCUCCCGGGGAGCCAGCCCGUCUCUGAAGGAGGCAACGCGCGGGCCACAGGCAUGACCCUGCAGUACACGGCGCCAGGGGCGGAGGGCGUGACGCAGCUGAAGCUGACGGCCGGGGAGGACGCAAACGGCAGCAGAAGGCAGGCGACAGCAUGGCUGGUGGCCAUGCACAAGGCUGCCAAGCUUCUCUACGAAUCUCGGGACCAGUAACGCCACGUGGGCUGGAUAGUCCGCUAGGGGCAGCAGCACCUGCUCGCCGAGCACGCACAGGCGCAACUAACCCUACACGUGCUGGAAACGCAACUCAAGUACUCGGAGCUUACCUAGUGCAAUAUGUACACAGUUGAUUAACGCUCAGAACACCUCGUGCUUUAGAAUUGGUCUCAUCGAUGCCUAAUUGGGGGUGGGAGAGACUGAGCUACACUACUGCUAAAAUCUUUUUAGCAUAAUCUAAUCUAUACCAUGUUUUUAUGAGUGCCCAAGUUUACUAGAUAGUUCUGGCCCCUUGAUGUUCGUUCCAUUAAUUCUUCCACAGAAGUGAUCUGGGCAGUGGUGACCUGGCCUGAUUUGUACUGGAGCGCAUCUCUCAGACUGCCCGUUCACGUGUCACUCAUCUGGGGCUAUGAACAAACCUUUGCUACUUCACAGGGAAAGGAACAAGAUUUGUGUUUUGUACUUUUCACUAUUUCCCUUUAUUAAAAUAAUUGUACAACAAUUUGUAUAUAAAGCUUACGAUUAAAACCUAUUUUGAAAAUACG